AUGCCUCGCGCCACCAGCACCAAGAAGCGAUCCUUGCCUACCGAUCCCGCUGGGAAACAGCCCCGCCAGCGAGCUCCCAAGCGCCGCCAGCCGCUGCCCGGUGAGGGUGUCAUGGUGUUUGACAACUCUGCAGGUCCCACGAUUACCAUGCCAGCCGACGUUCCAGCGGUGUCUGUCGAGAAAAGUGCUGAAGAUACCGAAUCCGUCGCAGCCGCCGUCCCGACCAGUCCCCACGGCCACUCUGGUGUGUCAGAGCCGUUGAAUACCGAUGUUCACGGUGAUGAUCCCAUUAUCGCCUCAGAGGAUAUGCCUGAGAACGCCGAUGCAAUCCCCACAGGCCUUCCGGACCCGGUAACGACACCAGCAUCGGACAACUACCGAUACAACAUGAUCGUGCCGUUCCCCGAUGUUCCUCAUGUUGAUACACUUCACCCAAAGCAACGCGUGUAUCCCUAUCGCGAGGAAUUCAAGCACAGCAACAGCACGAUCAUCUAUCCCAGGCUGGUCAUGAAGAAUACGGCCAUUGUCCGAGUGAACACCCCCAUCGGCUUCGUUCCUGCCGUCCAUCUACCCGAUCAUCGUGUGCUCCUCCAGGCUCAGGGUAUCAUUGCGUGUCUCUAUGAUAAGUUUGUGUGGUCAUGGGAUGAUAGCAAAACCAAGACCACCAAGUUGACAUUCGCGCGCAACAAAUUGAAGACGAUCUUCAAGGAAACUCCCCGCAUAUACAUCAAGUUCACCUCAGGGGUGAAGAAGCCUCAGCCAUUUGUCGAUGCCAUGGGCUAUGUGGAUAUCGUCAGAAAAAGCAAGACUGACGAUUCCUGCUAUUUGAAAGAUGCUCAGGACAUCUUUUAUAUCGGGAUUCUAUCGUCCGACUUGUCCUUGGAGGAAAUUUCACGUAGUUAUCACGCUGCUCACCACCGGGCUCGUGAUUUUGAUUCUCCCUAUUUGAUUUUCCACCAACACAAGAAGUUUUUGGCAUCCUUAGGAGGAAACGCAGCAGCGAGCCUCCGAGAGGCAUAUGCCCGCGAACUCUCCAGUCAAUAA